GCUCGGCGCUAGCAGCUAUCAGACAUUCAGACGUCAUUUUUGAACGCAGACUGCGCGCGCGUUAGUGAGGUACCAUAGUGCUGUGACAGUGAUGCAAGCGUGUAUACUCACCUUUAUUUUGUGAUAGAUAUGCAUGUGUGUAGUAGCCGUAGAAAAAUGAGCGAGUUGCGGCUAUUGGUGUCGCUCUUGCUGGUGCAAUGCUUCGUAUUGUGUACAGACUGCAUCAAACACCACCGCCGGUCCAUGGGGCAACAUUCGAAUUUACCAGUGUCGAAAAGCGGGUGGAGGCCUGUGGUAGGAUCCGAAGGCCUCCUUUAUGGUUCCUUUGGCACCGCCCCUCUACACGCUCCAUAUAGAGUGCCUGUGCCAAUUCACGACUACUAUUCUUCUACUGGUCGUCCAGUAGCCACCAGAGAUGUCGCUAAACUGACAUCCAUUGCCCAAUCCUACCGUCCAACAACCAUACGGACCGUACCAGUUUCACAAGUAAACCCAACCGGCAAUCAACCCAUAAACUCUUAUCUCAAUCCUUAUGCCUUACCCAACAAUGGAUUCACGCAAUACAAGUUCCUGCAAAACUAUCCAGCUGACAGCGUAUUAGUCAGGAACCCUCAACAUCAGUUUCUUUCCCGUCCCGUGUAUCAACAACAGUUCCCCACAAAGCAGAAACAACAGCAACAGAAAUACCACAACAAUAUUUUACAAUCGCUGACCAGCAUUCAGCCAAUCCACUUUGGCCAUUAUUCCACACCGACGCCGGUGAAUAUCCUUGGGAAUCCCAUACAAAUAUACGCGAGACCAGAUACAAAGCGACCCCAAGCGAGCGCUACGGAAAUUUACAAACAAGAACUUUACAAACUCCCAAACAAUGCUGCAUCGUCUCAAUCAGCGAAUCAGCAAGCGAACCAACAAGUAAAAACAGCUCAACAGCAGGCGGUCGCAGCUACUAAUAUCCAGUCGGCCAAUCCUUACGUUCAAUAUUCUUUACAAGAUUUGGCUCAAAUACAACAACUGCCUCAUAGUCUUUUAAGUUCAUUUGGAUCUUUCGGCAUUCAAUCUGUUAAAAAUAGAGAUCCAGGAUAUUCCACAACGAAGCCUACGUAUCAGCAACCACAACCAACCAAGCAGACACUGUUCCAGUCAUUAAAUUUCCAAAAUGGUUUAAAAUCUACACCGGCUGUGUUUGCAACAUCUACUCCGAACACACAGGCUGUACAAAAUCAAUUUAGUUUCGGUACGACAUUCAACGAUCUAGCCAAUGUACCAACACCGCGCACUAAGCCAGCACAUCCAACUAAAAUAGAUCCAAACGCAGGUAAGAAAACGGGUGGAUUUAAGCCUAGUCCUCAAGAUCCGUUUAUAAAAACUCACCAACAAGGAGAACAAAACAGAAUAACUACGUAUAACCCUCAAAUUUCACAUGUCACAGCAGCGCCCAAUCAAUACUACGAUUAUAAUUUCGAAUUACAAAAAACACAACAACAAAAUUACAAUCAGGACAAUCUAAACUAUAAUGGGAAUAAUCAACAAUUAUAUGACAAUGUAGGUCUAAAUCAACAAGUAUCUCAGCAGUACAUAAAUGCACCCAGUGCUUCAAACGCAGACAGUACUCUCAAUGGUGUGUCAUAUCAACCCACUUAUGAAGUUACUGAUAAAGAGGCUGAUGAUGUUACACACGCGUCUACAGGUGGCUGGUUACAAGAUCCAUAUGAAACAAAUGAGAAAUUAACCGAGGAUAGUACAUUAAAAUCAGACUAUUCAAAUGCCUUAUUUGCUACUCCAACUACUACGCUUAAUGCAUCACCCGAAGAAUAUGCUAUUGUAACUGAAGCAGAUGUAGGAUUUGAAAAUGGAUUUAAUUAUAAUAGCCAAAUAGAAAGUCAAAGUAGGCGACCCUUGGGUGAUGAUUUUGAACCUAUUGGACAGCAGAAACUCAAAGAUUACUAUUACAAAGUAUCGACACCAUCAACCAGACGUACUAAGAAACCUGCUAAAAUUGUACAAGAAGUUACUACACAAGCAGCUGUGUCAAAUGAGGUACCAGUAGAGGCACUUCCGACACUGCCACCUGAUCAACAUUUCAAACGACCCAGUGCGCCUGAAACAACCGAAAAGGAAAGAACUCGUAAAAGAAACAAGAUAAGGCGACGCCGUCCAAUAGGUAAUAGACAUAAAGAUGAAUCAUACACGCCAAAAUCGACAACAACUACAUCUGAUGCCCCUCAAACAACAGAAGAAGUUCACACAAUAAGGCCAAGGAUAAGGCCAUUAAAAUCAAGAACAGAAUCACCACUUACAACACUAAGCGUUACUACUGAAUUAACUACAAGUGCCCUUCCAACAAUAUCUCCUACGUCACCAACAGUUACAGCUAUGAAAAAAAAAGUAAACCACCAAAGGUUUCUCACUACUAAUGCGGCAAGACAAGAAACCACAACUCCAGUAACAAAUGAGGAAGGUAAAGAAUCACCCAUUAUGAAAAUAGCGACACGCCCCCAAAAUACGAAGAAUUCUUACGAUUAUAGAAAUAGUGAAGUUCCAGAUUAUAGCCAUAAACAAGAUGAAAAGGAUACACCUACUAGUGAUAUAUCAGUCAGUUUAACAGACACAUAUAAAAAUUCAGCUGAUAUUCUCAAAGAUUUCUCAUUUCACAGAGAUGUCAGACCCGUUGAAAUCAAAGAAGUAACUACAGAAUCCAUUCGCGAAAGUGCUGAAAUAGAAACAACAACGGUCAAGACAGAGACCUCUAAAAAUAUAGGCAAAAUACAGCGACCCAAAUUAAAGAAUAAAUAUGAUAGGCCGAAAUUUAGCGUUAAAGAUUAUAGAAAUAGAUUAAGUUCAACAACGAGUAGCACUGAAAAACCCACAGAAAAUACGCCAAGAACUAGACCACAUAGAAAGAAUCCCUAUUCAGACAUUAAUGCUGAUGUCGAAACGACGACAGAAAGAAAGCGAUUUACACCAAAAGAACCAAGACACAAACUAAACAGAACUGACAACAAUGAGCAAGAAAUACACUCGCGUACUUAUAACAGACAAAGGCAGACAACGCCAGAUACUACGGAAAGUACAACACAAAAAAUCUCUGCAAGAAUUCGCAACGGUCAGCGAAGACCCAAGCCCACAGAAGAAACUAUAGAAACUUCCAGCACAACAGUCGGCAAGAGGCCUUUGAGGAAAAAAAUCAAAGACUCUGAAACCGGAGAAUCCGUUCAAGACGUAUCUAUCAGUGAAGCAGCAUUUAACUCUGAACACAAAAACGAUUUCACAUCAGAGAGAACGAGGUCUGAGAGUGCUAUAAUGAAAAUAGCAGAUAAAAAACAUCAGGACCAUAUAGAGCGUCUAUUCGAACAUUCUAAACGGGUUUCAGAUUUGACCCUCGCUGCGAGUAAAGACUACAACACGCCGGGUAUGUUCAAAACAGUUUCAUCGAACAGCAGGCGAAUACCGAACUAUUUUACGAUAGCUACAGACGAUCCCAUACUGCCAAUAGAAGCAUUCUUUCCGCAGCUUAACCAGAAGAAGGAAUCCCAACUCUCAUAGUUAGUUUUACCAAAGCAAAUCUCUUUGUCUGCCAAAGCGUCAUUUUCUAUUGUCUAGUUUAAGGUAGAAUUAUUUAUUAACAUUACUUCUCAAUUGACCACGGCAACACCAUUAACUGUCAAUAGAAAGAUAAUAUCGUAUUUUCCUCAAAGAGCAUUAAGUGAUGAGUAUACCUAGUACUCUGCUAGAAUCAGUCGUCUUGCUAUACUAUAUUAUGAAUACACAGUAUAAAGCAAAGUCGUUUCGUCGUUUUAGAUUUUUAAACUAAACGGACUUUAAUGUUUUAUUAAUAUAGAUAGAGCAAUUCAAGAGGAAGGUUUAUAUGUAUAUCAACCUCUAUUAAAUUACUCAGAAUCUAACAUUACAUACGUUGGAUAAAUGCAAGAAUUUUUUACAUAGAAAUUAUAAAUCAGUUGCCGUGGUAAAUAAUCAUGACGCCUAAAGCGGUUGUAUACAACCCCACCUGCAUUUUCGUCUUCAACUGUCCUUGGUGCUCAUUUAAUAUUAAGUAUACUUUAGUGAUACGAACGAAGUAUUAUGUGUGUGUUCACUGGCAAUUCAAUGUGUGUCAGUGUGUCUCAAUAUUUAUAUCGAUAUAGGAUAUUGUAAAUAAAACACUCUUAU